AUGUUACGCAUGUGGGCGUCAAUCUGCGUGGCGACGAUGGAAAUUGAGGUGCCCCACAAUAGUCCCGAUUCCUCGUGGCCCAUGGGUACUGAUGUGUUGCUGUAUUCUCAGUGUGGUGUUCGUCUUUCGUUUGCAUUAGCUGCGGACAUCGAUCCGGCCUGUGUGAGCCGCACUGAAGAGGCUGUAGAAGUCCGACUUGAUUCACCACCUACCAGCAGCUUUGAUGAGGACCAACAGGCGCAGAGAGAAUCUGAAAAGAGUAAAGAACAUGUCGAGCCCUCUCAGGAUGUGACUGGCCUCGGGUCUUACGAAGAGACAAGGACCCAUCUGACUGACCUGAUGCAGCAGUAUAGGGUCUGCCAGGCGAAGAGGAGACUUGUCAGGAGGAGGAUUGACAUCAUCAGGCGCAGGGGGGGGCAACACUCCGCUGGAAGCAGGGGACGCCGAGGCACUUAUGCACACUUCAAGCGCAGACACAGGGAGCCGUCGCAGGAGCAGAGCAGCGGAUUUAGCGGAGAUGGAGAUGCUACUGGAAGAAUCUCAAGCUCUGCGAAAGCGUGGAAGGAGGCGGCAGCCUCCAAGACUCCAGCGACCCAGCACAACGCCGCCGACGACGUCGCGGCCGCACAACAGCAGGAUACGGUCCGACGGGGAGUGGAGAUCGGAGACGGCACCCGCGUUCAGUGGCCGUGGGUGGGAGUGUCUCCGCCCCAAAACUCGCUGAACGCGGAGUUGCAAACGGCACAAGUCCUUCAAGUGCACGUCGUGCAGCCUCCAGCCCGCGUACUGAUACCUACAGAACCCAGCGCCAGCGCAGCGCUUGGUGCAUUUGGCACCAGUGCAGAUCCGGUUCUGACAGAGGGGCUUCUCAGAGAGGUGCACCCCCGCCCGGCGGCCAGUCGAAAUCGGCGCUUCCCCGCGACUCCAGUGCGCUACACAGUGGAACCACCAGAACCAGAGAGAGCAGCAGCCGAAGCAGGGACAGGGCCUACUACUUUAGACCGAUUCGGUAUGGAGGAAGAGGAAACGGCCGUGUCUGCUGAGAGUGCCCUCGCCAAAGAAACGGCGCCUGAGCCUAGCACCAUAACGACGCCGGAGCUGCGCCUGUCACCGGUGACAUCCGCACUCUCACCGGCGGCAACUGAGGACGAGGGCACGUCUACAACAGCGGGUCAGCCCAGGCGACAGCAGAAAGCAUCGAAGUUCAUUCGACGUCUGCGUAGGACGAAACUUGGUGCGCUUCGGCGCGGGCGGACACCCUAUAUCAUGGAGCGAGCAUAUGUACUAGCGAGCCGCCAGCAGGGAGAAACAGGAUAUGCAACGCAGCUAGACCAAGGGACCAUUCCGACACUUCCCAGAGCUGGCAAUGUUUCGAUUAUCCCUGGCAUGGUCAGUGCCCCCGAGCUCCUGCCGUCACAGACUGGUGAGUCGGCUUCGGAUCGCACGUCUCAGUGGCCGUUCGUAAAUCUCCGCCAGCCACUCUUCCUCCUUACCACCGCUCACGAAAGCUCCGCGGUCCCGCAGCCUUUCGUGAGGCCGAGCGGUGAGCUCGUAGCCCCACAGUCCGGCAGUAGCUCUGCUGAGGCUCCUGGCCCGUGGAUGUCCGCAUACACCGAUUAUGCUGUGGAACCCAAUUCCGACCGAGAGUACGCCGCAGCGGCAGAUGGGAGUAACGUGGAAAGAAGACAAUGA